ACCACAGUACACAGCUCACGUCCGAGUUGCUCAGGGCCACACUGACCACAGCACACAGCUCACGAUAUCUGAUAAAGGCUUUUUAAAAUCUACCAGUAUAAUACAUAACCUGAACAACCAGACGAUUGUCCAAAAAAGUCGCUCAACAGUGAGUUGUUUGUCCUCCCGCGCCGAUUGUUAUACGACUAGAGCGAGGAAAUUCUCUCUUCAAGUUUUGUAUAUCGAGGAGGCUGCAGCAAAACAGCCGGGAUGCAUUUCGAUAAGAUUCUAGUUCUUCUUGGGGAGUUUGGCCCGUACCAGAAGCGGAUCUUUUUCCUGAUCUGUCUGCUGAGCGUACCGGGGGCCUUCCACAAGCUCGCCCAGGUCUUUCUCGGGGCCGGCGCGGACCAUUGGUGCGCUGUGCCCGAGUGGAAAGACCAGGAUUGCACCGCUUGGAACUUGAGUGCAACAGAGUGUCAACUGGCGAAGAAAAAUGCGUCCAUUCCGAGGGGAAAGGACGGUGCUUUUGAGCAGUGCCAGAGGUAUAACAUCACGGGGGAAAGGUUUUACCCGGGCCUGGACCCAAGGAAUUUAACCUCGGAGGGAUGCGUGGAUGGCUGGGAUUUCGACACCAGUCAGUAUAAAAGUACCAUCAAAAUGGAUUUCGCCUUGGUGUGUGAUAAAAAGACAUUGUCCAACAUGGCCCAGUCCGUUUACUUCGCGGGAAUACUAAUCGGCUCUGUUGUGUUUGGAUCGCUCGCUGAUUGGAUCGGGCGCACCAAGACGAUGUACAUCGCAUUGUGUCUUUGGUUGUCUGCAGCCAUUGCCGUAGCAUUCUCACCAAACAUCGCUGCAUACACGGUAUUCCGAGCCCUGAACGGCGCGGGCAGCUACGGGACAUUCCUGCCUGCUUACGUCCUGGGUACGGAGUUUGUCGGUCCGUCCAAGCGAGUAAUCGUCGGCGUCGUGGGCCAGAUCUUCUUCGCUGCCGGCCUCAUGAUCCUCGCCGGGCUCGCUUACUUCAUCAGGGAUUGGCGUACUCUAGAGAUCGUCAUCACAGCUCCGAUCGUUCUUUUCUUCCUCUACAUACCCAUUUUCCCAGAGUCGGCGCGCUGGCUGAUCAACAGAGGGCGUCACAAGCAAGCCGAGAAGAUCAUACGAAGGGUUGCCAAGGUGAACAAGAAAGAGCUCCCGGAUGUGCUGUUUGAGGAGGAUGAAAUCAAGGAAUUGAAGGAGAAAUUGGCAACAGAACGAAAGCCAACUGCGUUGGAUCUAUUCAAAUCCCCAAACAUCGCCGUGAAGACGUUGAAUCUCAUGUUCAACUGGUGCGUCAACAGCCUAGUAUACUACGGUCUGUCACUGAGCAUCCCAGAUCUGGCAUCCGAUGACUACCUUGCCUUCUUCAUAUCAGGGGCAGUUGAGAUACCAGCCUACAUCCUGGCCAUGGUGGCCAUUGAGAAGCUGGGAAGGAGGCCAAAUCUGGGAUCUACCAUGGUUGUCGGAGGGGUGGCAUGUGUGGUCACAAUAUUUAUAGAGCCUGGGACCUGGCAGACAGUGGUUGCAAUGAUCGGCAAGUUCUGUGUUUCGGCCUCCUUUGCCAUUGUCUACAUCUACUCUGCAGAACUCUUCCCAACUUCCCUCAGGACGGUGGGGAUGGGCGUGUGCUCCAUGGCGUCAAGAAUCGGUGGCAUCAUUGCCCCUCUCAUCCUCCUACUGGAUGACGUCUGGGCACCGUUCCCGCUGCUCCUGUUCGGAGCUCCGUCGAUCCUGGCCGGUCUCUUGGCAUUCCUCCUGCCCGAGACUAGAGGCAAAUGCCUGCCGGAGACGGUGGAAGAGGCCGAACAGUUCGGAAAGAAAAGAAAGAAGAAAGCCCAGUCGCUUGAUGAAAAAGACGAAAAGAAAGUUUCCUAUUCAAAUGAGGCUUUCCCAGAGCUGACCGAAAUGGAAAAAACGAUCUGAUGGAUGAAUGGCGAGAAUGGGGGAAAAUGUUAAUUUUUGUUGACAGAAGUUUGAGGGAAAAUAAAUGAAUUAAAGGGAAUUUCAGCAACCUGUAAAUAUGACUGGUCAGUAGCUUUGUUUUUGAAUUAUAAAAAAAAAAAAAUCUGACUGUUUCUUAGGAACAAAUUUUGUUCAACUUUCUACUCCUCUUAAAUGUAUGAAAACC